AUACGUUAGUUAGUUUCUCUACUCCACAAGUAGCGUUACGCAGUUUAUUGCUUUCUAUCGGCGUUGUUGGCGGAUAAGUGUUGAUAAGACUGAGGCUUAAUUUUUAAAGUCGAUCAAAUAUUUAAUUAAUAUUCAAAAUGAUACGUUCCAUAUGCAAACUACCUACUACGCUAGCUGGACAAAUGGCCGUCAAUAUUCUAUCUAGGAGUAUGGCUGGUCAGGCACCACAAAAAAUGGAAGAUUACUUCAAAGGCAAAAAGUUUAUCGUCACUGGAUCUUGUGCUGGUAUGGGUGAAAAAAUUACAGAGAGGUUAGUAGAUUUGGGUUCAUUUGUUUAUGCAGUGGUAGAGAAGGAAGAGGGAGCUGCUAAAGCAUUACCAAAUACAAAACAAAUAUUUUGCGAUGUUUCAAAUUGGGAGGAUACGUACAAGAAAAUGUACGAUAUUGGUCCAGUACAUGGUUUAGUCAACAACGCUGGUGUAGCAGUCAUUGAGCCAUUUUUCGAUGUCACCGAACAUGGUUGGGAUAAGACUUUAAAUAUCAACGCCAGAGCCUUAGUGAGAAUAAGUCAGGCAGUGGCAAAAAACAUGAUUGAUGCCGGUAUCAAAGGAUCUAUUGUAAAUAUUUCUUCGACAAUUUCCACGAGAGCCAUACCCGAUCAUACGACAUAUUGUGCAUCUAAAGGAGCCGUGAAUCAAAUCACUAGGACGAUGGCCAUCGAACUGGGCAAGUACGGUAUCCGUACCAAUAACGUAAAUCCAACUGUCGUGUUGACCCGUAUGGGUAAGAUCGCGUGGUCAGAUCCAGAAAAAUCGGGACCCAUCAUGAGACGAAUCCCACUCGGCAGAUUUGCAGAAACCGACGACAUCGCCAACGCUGUGAUUUUCAUGCUCAGCGACUACUCCACCAUGGUAAACGGAACGGCGCUCGUGGUCGACGGUGGCUUCUUGGCAGGAUAGAUACCAGGACUUUGCUGUGAAACAAAAUCAUUAUAAGGAAUUUACUAGUUCAAUGUAAAAACGUACUCUAUUUUGUGUAUACUAUUCCAAGCUGAACUAUUAAGUACCUAAUAAUAUUAUGUUAUUAAAUAUUUAUUGCAACCAUAUUGCACAAUAACUCUCAUGCUUUUUUUGACAGUAAACUGUGUAUCCUGAAACAUAUAAUAUUAUGUUUUACAUUUUGAUUUAAGACAUUCUUCUGUUUUCAACACCUGCAGUACAUAUUUUAUAGUUUUUGCAGCUUAAUCAGAAACAUUAACAUAACUGUCUAAGUUAUACAACAACAAUAUUAACAUUCGUUAGGAUGCAUACAACAUCUUACUAAUUUAUUAAGGUAUCCGGUUGAAAAUCAACUAUAUAUUUACACGACACCAAAUUAGUAUGUAUGUAAAUAAAAAAAAAUAUUUUCUCGUGGAUCUAUGUUUUUUAAUUUAAUAUUUUCAAUUCUUACUUAGCAGAAGCACUAGCUAUUUUAAAUGUUUAAUAUUAUAUUAUGGAGGACAACUGCUCAGUGAUUAUUUGAAAAGUAUCGUUAGCAUGUAAAACAAGGUCAAUCCAAACGAUACAGCAAUUUAUAUCCGAAAUAAACUCGAUGACAAUACCAGAAUAAAUCCAAAACAAAUUUCACUCAUAUGAUGAUCACUUGAUCACGCCGGUAUUGAAAAACAUUGUUAAAGAAAUCGCAUACAAACUGGCAUAUUGGCCAACAUAAAUACAAUAAUAUUGGAACGAUAAAUUACCGGUAAAUGGAAAUUUUCAGCCCGAUACAUUUUUUGAUACGAACAUUUUACCUCCAUUUUUUUUUUUAAAGUUUACUAUUUAAUAUUAUUUAGUAUGCAAUUAUUUUUGUUUGCCUAUUAUCUAAUAUUAUCUAAAUAGUAAAUGCAAAAUACAUUUCCAAAUAUUUGCAUUAAUAUAAUAAAUUAUAGAUGUAUAUUUUUGAUCAACUUAACUACUUGAAACAAUAAAAAUUGCUAUUAAAAUAAUAAAAAAAAAUAAUAAGUAAUAUUUAAAACAAACCAAGUUAAAAUGUAAUUUUAAAUAAACAUAAUAGGUAGCUAAUAGGUUGUGUAAAUAAAAUAUAAUAGUAAGUAUAUUAGUAUACUAGUAAGGAAUUAGGUAGGUGACAUUGAUAUCUUAAAUUGUGUCCAAAAUCCCCCCAUAAAUAAAUAUCUUAGAUUAUUAAGAUAACAUUCUUAUACAAUUUUACAUUAUUAUGAGCAUUGAGUGAAGCUUUUAUAUCAAAACUGUUCAAGAAGUUUAUAAGUGGUUUAGUGGUUAUACACCUAUGUGUUAAAAUAAAAAUUAUUGUUAUCAUUUUUUUUUUGUGAUCAUGAAUGAAAUACAUUAAAUACAAUAAAUUGUUUUUAAAGAA